CAACUUGCUGCAAACCCUGUCAUUGAAAUCACAAAGAAUUGAAUGAAAUAGGACUGUUGGAAUUCCGUCUCCCUGAUGUGUUUUGUUGGCUCAGAUGUUGCAGGAAUGAUUUGGUAAUUCAAUUUGUGAAACGUAGUUGAUUUGGACAUGUUGAGAGCAGCACCAGUGACAGAGGUGCCUGUGAGGGAUGCUAGAGUGCCGAAGACAACGGCAGUUUCUGCCUUUAGUAUCCAAAGCUUCUCUUUAGGCUUGGAUGGUGCACGAAGUAGCUUGAUGCCUGGGCUGUCUUGGAAGCUUUCCUUGUCAUCAGCAUCUGCCAUUGCCUCGUGCGUGAAGAGAUGCAAGAGGCGUCCUUCACGCUGUGGAAGAAGUUCACAGGCAACACAGCAAGCUGAAGAGGGCGACCUUGAAAUUGGUGACACAUCUUAUGAAGAGCUUUUCCCUCCAGCAGAAGCCCUGGAGAAAUGGAUCGAUGGGGAAAAGCACAUCUUGGUGAAAUAUGGAAAGCAACCAACGUGGGUGCCGGAAUCCGAUGUGGGCACCUAUCGCUUCACAAAGCGAGGAUAUGAGUCCCGGGACGCAGACGGCAAUUGGGUAUGCCAUGCGCAAAUGCCAAAAGAUACAUCGCACUUGACUGAUGCUCAACGUGAACGGCUCAUCCUAGAAUUGAGAGGGCAAAUCUCUUUCAAUAUCUCAGAUGGUGUUGAUGAAGAAGGGUUCAGGCCUCUUCCCCAGGUUCCUCCAUUGGAGAAGUGGCCAUUUUACAGAGUAGAGGUCACUGAAGAAUCAAAAGCAAAUAGUGAGCAGCUAAAGGAUUUUCAGUUGCUGCAGCUUACGGAGGAUCUUCCUCGGGCCUAUUUCCUGGCGAACCGCUGGAAAGUUGCCAAUGAGGGAAGGCGUGCGCUGGGAUAUGGGGUGAACACAACCAUCAACGAUGUUGCCAACAUGAAUGGUACCGUGCUGGGCUUCAAGGCCAUGGUAGACCAACUAAAACGAAUCUCGAAGUUUCGCAGAAGAAAGGAUGAAGAUCCAAUACCAUCAGAUGCCGAGAGGCUUCAGAAACUACAAUGUACAUCUUUGCUUGGUACUGACAAAGGCUCUGCCAUGGCUUUGUGGUCGUUCAAUGGCAAGAAGAACAAACUCAUGAUUGAUCUUUGUUUGGGAGAUGACUGUAUGGAUCAAGGACCAUAUGCUGAGGAGAUUCUGCUGCGGUACUUAGUGUCUGAAGGCGACAAGCUUGGCGCUGAGACAAUCUGGUGCCGUAGCCGACGAACUGAAAGCGGGAAAGUGUUUUUGCCACCGCCGAUGAGGAAUGUUGGAUUUACUGCAGUUCCAAUUGAGGAGCAAGAAGAAGAGGAAUGGGAAGCCUUGGAACAGAUAAAGCGGGAGGAGGAAGACACUGAGGCAGUUCCCGGAUUGAAGUUGUGGCUGGCUACUCGUGAUCUUGACGACUUCCUUUCAGAUGCCAAUGGCUGGUGCGAGGAGAUGGGGGCGACAGAUUUGAAUGAAGUCGCUGACAAUAAGUAUGAUCUUGCAGAUUUCUUAGAAGAAAGAGGCCUCUCUUCAGAGCAACGUGUGAGGUUAGUGCAGUUUUAGCCGAGCCAUAGGCACCAUGUAAAUUGUUCGGGCUGCCGGGCUCAACACUGCAGAUGUGAAACACUGCAGCACCAACUUUUGAGCGUCAUGACCGCAGUUUUGCACCAGCAAUUGUCUUUGUCAAAAUUAUCAAACUAUACAGCUUGCUGAA